CUCUCUCGCUCCUGGCUCCUCUCCUCCUCUCUCUCCUGUUUGUGCUGCUUUGUGUGCUUAUGCAGUGCAGUGUCUUCUUCCUCCUCUCCCCCCUUUGGUGCGAUACUGGAAGCACCACCCAGUGGCAUCGCACGAAGAUAGGUUUUCAUGGUGCGUCCCCCCCUGGUCACGGGGCUCGACGCUGCCGACGCGCACCAGGUCUGACAGGUUGUGCACUGUUAGUCGUUGCGCUGGGGUUCGAUUGUGCCUUUGUGUCCCACGCGCAGGGUGAGAAGGUGGAAUUGGCGUAGGUUUGACGAUUACGAGGAGAGUGUGGUUGGCAGGGCGGAUUCCUCGCGUGUUUUUUUUUUUUUUUUUUUUUUUUUUCGUGUGUGUUUGUGAAGGCGUUCUGGUGGUGUAGGGCAUGUGCAAGAAGCUAGGGUGGAGGGAGGUCGAGGAUGAGGAAGCCGCGACCCUGAAGCAAGUGCGACGUGUUGCCUGUGUUGUUAGGCAUGGCUCUGUUGCAAAUGAGACGGCGAGGGAUGAGGCUGUAAAUGAGUCCUGUGGACGUGUGAUUCGCGGGUGGCCGGUGCAUGGGGUCCCUUUGGACGAGCGUGAUGAGAGAAGGGUUAUGCAGUUUGAUAGGCUGUGAUGGGGUGAGCGUUGUUGCGGGAUCAGGAAGUGGUAUCGUUCCUCGAUGGGGGUGCCUGGAGAGGUAUUAAGAGGGAGUUGGGAAGGUGUAAUUGAGGAAUGGUUUUGUUCGGGAUGUGAGAGUGAACGUGGGCAUGCUUGCCGCUAGUUAUGUACAUAGAGUGAUUGAGUGAACGUUAAGAUCAAAUUUUUGAAGGAGGCAGCCGAGCGGCGUAAUUGUUUUUAAUAUUAUUUUUGUAGCUAGGUAGAGAGGGCUAGAGCAGGAGCGGCUUUUCGCUCUUGUUCGGAUGACAAGGUUGCAGGUUCUCAAGCUGUACAACCCCGUCACAGGUUCUGAAACUACGCACAUCUAGUUUAGUCACAGGUGCAGGUUGGAAGAGGAACAGAAGUAUUGGGUGACUUCAUUGCGGCUGCUGAAACUCAAGCAGAGGUGAGAGAUGGUGAUGAUGAGCAGAGACUGCAACGAAAGAUAAUAAUCAAAGCAUGUAAUGAUGAAUGAUACUAAUCGAAGCAGGUCAUUAGCAUCUCCUUACAGACAUUCCAUGUCCAAUGGGAGCAGGAAUGGAGGACCGGAAUUGGAUGCCCAGAGUUUGGACAUUACACUGGCAGGUCUGAGUGCACAAUCCGGCAGCGCUACUUCUGAUCGGAGAUGCUCCCAUUUACCGUCCCAGACGUGUGGAGGUCAUGCAUCCGUGGAUACACAAUUUGACGUUGGCCCAGGAAAUUCAGCUGCCUGCGUAGGUAUGAGUCAAGAUGGUCCUAGUCUUAGGCUUCUCAACGGUGCUGCAAAUCGGGACAGUGCAGGGAAAGCUGUAAAGCUAUUCGGCUUUGAUAUUAAGCAUCCAUCACCUGCAGAGAUGAACGGUGGAGAGAGUAGCUUAAGUGCGGCGCAGAACACCGUUGAGAACCCGUCUUUGAGAGAUCAGGUUCCAUGUGAGGGGGACGAGUCACAGUCGCCUGCCUCUGGGUCCGUCGCAUGUGAUACCGACGCUGCCCCAGACUCCGUCGCGAAUGAUGCAGCUCAGGAGCAAUGUGAUGACAAUGCUGGUGAAUGUGGCGGUGGUAGCUCUACACACGUUUCCACGGAACAAACUAACGACUGUUCAGAUUCGACGGCUCCUUUAUGGGAGAAUCGGAAGUACGAGUGCCAAUUUUGUGGGAGGGAAUUUGCUAGCUCUCAGGCCCUGGGUGGGCAUCAGAAUGCUCACAAGAGAGAGCGCCAAGAGGCCAAGCGUGCCCAGUUUCAUGCGAACAGAAUAGCUGCAGCUAACUCGGAUAGAAGCUCUGGAUGGGGUGGAAGGGGAGGCUAUGGCAUUCGGCAGUCUCACACAGGGCAGCAGUUCGUUACACCCCAUGUGUCCCGGUUAGUAGCUCCCCAUUCGUCACAGCUUCCUAGAAGUCAUGGCUCUCCUGGCCCGCAGUUGAUGCCACUGCAUGUCGCUGCCGCCAGCAUGAGUAGCUACGAGGACAUGACUCCAAUGGCGCACGGCAUGUCCUUGAUGAAUGUCGGUGUUCCAAAUGGCACGUUCCCUCAUCCAAUGACGCAUGGAAUGCAGUGUCCACCGUCUCCAUAUGUCUUUUACUAUGGUCCGCUUGCAAUGAACUUUCCUGGGUCUAGACCAACCUUUCCAUCCAUGUACGGGGAUUACAUGCGAUACACGGAAUACCCCAACAUGUUCGCAGUGCCGUCGCAAGGGAUGCACUUACCUCAGCCAUGGUCUCAUUCUCAAUCACAGCCGGGUAGUCUGCCAUCGGCAAGGUUUCCGUUGAAAGGGUCUGACGGUGUGAGAACGGAGAACGUAAUCCGCCCCAGGCCGCUAGCCCAUGCCCCGGGAACCUUACAGACGCAGCAACAGCGACCACUUAGUGGAGGUGGAGCAUCCAACAAUGUACUAGAUUUGCAACUGGGUUUGGGAAACUCUCCUGCAGGGUGAGGUUCUGUUUAUAGUUUUAGAAGGGAUUUGUGCACAGAUUUGUGAUUUACUGUUCAUGAGGCGAAUAUUCACUGGUUAUCCAAUUCGAAGAAACCAUAUCUGAUCUGAGAGUGCCAUAGUGUGCCCCAGGCCUACUUUGGAAGUGGUCGAGCUCGUUCCUGUUGGAUCUUGCCCUGCUCUCGUUGCCUUUGUGCGCACCUUUUCUGCUCUGAGACUCUCAGUAUUCGUUUUCGAUCUCUCGUAGAGGUUACUCAUUCACCGACCUGGUUAUGGGAAUCAGAUUUUAGUUCUCAAGAGUGAGCUACGUGGGGUGGGAAGCUUUCCUCCUUUGGAAGCUGGAUUGUGAUAGUCUUUGGCCUUGAUAUGAAGUGACCAGUCAUUUGGGUAUCGGUUGGAGAAGUGACUCUUACUCGAAGGUUCUGCAAGUUGUGGUUGAGCACAUGACUCAAUAGAUAUUGUCUAUGCUGCUUUGGAGCUCAGGUCGCAUCCACCGUGAAGCAACAAUGAAGGAGUUUCUAGAUCAGCCGAGUCUGGGGAUCGUUGCCUGGAAGCAAGUAUGUUCCCCAUUAUUCAGCGAAACGCAACACGUGGAUAGGUAGUGUAUGAAAAGCCUCCAACCUUGGUGUAGAACCUCCCAGUGGUUUGUUUCUUAAGUUUUUAUGUAAAGGUUGUGUAGCUGGACGCUUAGCAGAUUAUGUGUACAACAGUUGGUCUGACUUCAAUGAUCAAGGAGUAAUUGGAUUAUUUCUUGAUUUUGAAUUAGCAGCAUUUGAUGACUUCCUUGUCCUGGCCCUGUUGAGGGGUCCGACAAUCGCGUGAGUCUUCAGAGUGAGUCUGCACAUUACAACAGAGGCCUCUGAUUCAAUAGUAAACCGUAUUUUGUCAAUGCCUGUAGUUCGUGGUCCAAGGUCUUAACCUCUACGUUUGAGACUUUAAUAUUCCAAGAAUCGUACUGUUCAAAAUUAUCAAAAUAAGGUUGUAGUAUACAAGGUGUAUACACGGCAUCAUGAAAUUUGAAGCAAUAGAGAGUUGUGGUCGAAGAGAAAACGAAAUUCAUCGCUACUAUUACCGUU